UUGAAAUUCUUGUGACUUUCUUCAUGGUCCUUGUAUGCGCAGGUUGGCCUCGCCGGCAGAUGAAGCCGGAAGCAGCAGGGUGAGAAGAGACUCGGGGGAAGGCCAUGGGAGCACCCACGGCUGCUUCCGGAACCUGGGGGUGGCUCUGGGCCUGGGGAUGGCUCUGGGGAUGGGGUCCCCUGGCCCUUGCCCUCCUCGUCCUCGCCAACCCCAGUCCGGCCGCCAUUCGGAAGGCGGAGCGGGACCACUGCAACAAGACCGUGGACAUUUACGAGGACGUCUCCAGCCCGGCAGUGACGUCGGCGACCUGGGGAAAGCCCCUCACCUGCUGGUACCGCUUCCGCGCCUUCCGGGGGACGCCUCGCGACUGGAUCCUCAGGGUGCGCUUCAAGAAGUUCAAGGUCGGCGUCCUGGUGAACGCCACCACGUGCGCCGGAGGAUACCUCCAGAUCACCGACGGAAAUACGAAAACCGAGGUGAGCAACAGGAAGGACCCGGGCGUCUUCUGCGGGGAAACGGAACAACCGCAAACCUUCAUCUCGGAGACGAGCUUCGUCCGCGUGGUUUUCCACGCGGACAACUUCACGGAUCAGACGUACUUCAGCUUCGACUCGCGUGCCGAGCAAUUGUACGAUGACUAUCAGAGAUACGGACAACACCCGGAGCUCUACCCGAACCGGCGCGGCGAGAUCGUCCCCGGGAGUUACUGCGAGCGCGUCUUCAAGGACUGCCGUCUGCAGACAUGCUACGUGCAGAGUCCCGCCUUUCCCGGGGUCUAUCCCAGGGCUCUGCACUGCAAGUACCACCUGAACACCAGGCAGCCCUUCAUCAAGCUCUACAUCGAGAACGAGGAGUUCAACAUCGACGGGCAGCGCUGCGAGAACAUCAUGACGUGCCCCAUGAGACCCAUCAGCUCCGGGGCGGAACAUUGUCCCUAUGAUUACAUAAGAGUCUACGACGGGAAGAACGACACGGCCCCGGUGAUUGGCAUCUUCUGCGGCAUGGGGAAGUUCCCCUACAGCAUAAUCGGGACGAGCGAGGACUUCUACGUGGAGUUCGUGUCCUCGCCGGCAGGGCCGCUGCUGAACACCGGGUUCCACUUUAAGGUCGGCACGUGGCCAGGCCACGUGGAGACCACUGGCGUGAAGAACGGAAGCUGCGAUUGGCUGCUGAGCAGCGAAUCCCUGGAAAGCGGCGACGAGGGCAUCUUCAUGUCGGUCGGCCAUUGGUACCCACCCUACACGAGUUGCAGCUACCACCUUAAGGGUCGUCCUGGGGAGAUCGCCAGACUGUACUUCCCCAGCUUCAGGGUGAACCGAAUAGAGUCGCCCAUCCAGCCCUACGACGGGGACUGCGGGGAGUCCUUGACCCUCUACGACGCCGACUGGGCCGACGACGCGAGGAUCAUCAAGACCUUCUGCGACACCUUCAGCAAGCCCAUGGAGAAGCAUGACUUCGUCUCCACCUCCAACGCCCUCUACGUGAGGUUCGAGAGCAAGACCGGGAGCUACUCCGGGAGUUCCCUCUACUACUGGGCGCACUACGACUUCUUCAACGCCACCAGGUACGGCGACCCGGUGCCCAACACCGAGUGCGACGAGCUCUUCGCCUCGUGGAAGACGCAGUCGGGUCGCCUGAGUUCCCCGUUGAACACCCUGGUGUACAAGCGACCUGGGGAUCCACCUGCAGACCUUUCUUGCACCUACACCUUCGUCACGAACCGUAGACUCUUUUCCAGGGUGAUCCUGACGGUGGAGUUGGUGUCCUUCAAGGAGCAUCCUUACGCCCAAUGCAACGACCAGUGUUGGGAAAGCAGAACGGACAGGAUCGUCAUCAAAGAGCCUGCACCCUCGACGGAAGGCCAACCUGGCCAGUCCGAGCAACAGCAACAACAGCAACAACACCAUCAUCAGCUACCCAGCAUCGGGUAUUGUCUCUGCGGCACCAGCAACAAUCUUCCUCUCAGGCUCAUCUCCAAGGGCGAAAAGUUGGAGCUGAAGCUCCUCGUAGACGGUGCUCAUGCAGCCUCCAGCUACUUCAAGCAGUCUGCUCCUCUCUUCCUGGCCAGCUACGAGUUCGCUCAUAGUCCUCUAUGUGGUCCUGCCUUGAUUCCAGCCUCCACCGAUGGGGAAAUCGAUUUUCCACAUUACGAGGCAUUGGGAUACGUGGCUCCACCUAGAUCCAUCAAGUGCAUCUGGGAGUUGCGGGUGAACCCGGAACGCGACCUGUCGUUGCAUUUCGACAAGAUCAAGUUCGCCUCCAGGUCUUGCGAGGACGGCAAGCUGGAGAUUUUCCUGCCGACAGUGGCGGAACCGCAUCUGGGGAUCUGCGGAGAGAACCUGAGCUAUGUGAUGAAGUCGACAAUCCUGUCGGCGUCCCAGCUGAGAGGAGCCCCAGGCUCACAGUCGUCUCACCCCACGGAAGAGACGAGAGUCUCCACCGAGGUAACUUCCCACCCUGCGGUGAUGAUCCACUUCACGGGGUCCAUGGCACCUGCCAGGGCGGCCUUAAAGAUCGCCUGGACGGAGCUCUUCCCAUUGCCCCGGGAUGCUUCCGGAGCUCUGAACACCCAGAAGUUGGAGGAUUGUGGCUUCCGAUGUCCUGGGGACGUCGGAUGCAUCCCUGCCACCCUGGUCUGCAACGGUGUCGUCAACUGCCCCAUUUCCUCCAGGCCUCGCCAGGUCGUCACCCAUAACCUAACCUCUGGAGUUCCUCUUGUGGAGCCAGACGACGAGUCAGUGGAGACCUGCGGAGAGGAUUCAGUGGGCACUAAUGGAAGCAGCAUCGUUGGGACCGCUGGAUGGGCCGGUGCUUACCUGGGCGCAGGAUUAGCUUUACUUCUGGGCAUCGCUUGUCUCGUAGCAGUCUGUCGACUAUGCAGAAGACGAUCCAGGUCCAGGGACAUCCACGUACCGUACUGAACCUUCACUGCAAAC